GAAACGAUGGUGAAUUUGAGCGAAGAAUGCAGGCAACUCGCCUCUCCCGGUGCUGUUAGCUUUACCUUCUCUAUGUAAGUCAAUAUCCGCUUCUCUUUUGUCGGCUGAAGAACCGCGGCUAACUUAUUCGCAACGCUUCUCUACCGAUCUAGACUGAUCUUCCUCGGCAUCUUGCUGUCAUAUCUACCCCAACACUACCGUAUCAUUUCACGGGGCACCUCCUUUGGCAUAUCUCCCUAUUUUAUACUGCUGGGCACAACGUCGGGGACAUUUGGGUUUGCAAACAUCCUUGUUCUCCCGAAAAGUGCUCGCGAUAUCGCCUGCUGCCGUGAUAUCAGUGGCUUUGCCUGUUUUGCCGGCCUUUUAGGCAUAUUGCAGGUUGGGGUCCAGUCACUAUGUUUUAUCAUCUUGUAGGUUCUGCUCUGGAAAGGCCAUUAUGCAGUUGUACUCUUGACUAACUUUUGCAUCUUAGCCUUAUUCUUUUUGUUGUAUAUUUCCCCCGAACGCCCCCAACCCCUGUUUCGACAUCCACAACUCCCGAAAAAUCACAUAAUUUCCGGACUGCUCUCACCGUAGGAGCAUUAUGCCUUGUCCAUGCCAUCGCUGUGAUCAUUCUAGGCUUUACGGUCGUCUUUGGCUAUCCAUCUACCCGGCAGAUGUGGGCGAAUAUCCUCGGUGUCUCUGCCACCAUCCUCUCUUCCAUCCAAUACUUUCCACAGAUAUACACCACCUGGCGACUACGUCGGGUAGGCAGUCUGAGUAUCCAGAUGAUGUGCAUCCAGACCCCCGGUGCCAUAGUCUGGGCCAUCAGCUUGGCCGAGAGACUGGGCAUGGAAGGGUGGAGCACCUGGGGUGUUUACGUUGUAACUUCGAUGCUGCAAGGUACCCUUCUAAUCAUGGGCGUUUAUUUCGAAUACGUUAAUCCCCAGAAACCAGAGCUCGAGGCCGGAGCCAACAAGCCAACAGAACCCAACGGUCGUUCCUACGGCACCAUGAACGGCGCCGAUGCUCAGGAUGAUGCGAUCUCCGAAGAUACCCCUCUCCUACAAGGUUGACCCCUUCACACUACUUUCUGAUGCAAAAGUCAUGUUUUCCAUUUCGUUAGCAAGCCUAGCCUUACACUUUUUUUCAUUCCUUUCCAGAACGUCUCCUUUUUCUUUCAACAUCCUAUCAUAUUUGACACUCAUUCUGGAAAUCUUGUUUCAUUACUCUGGUAGCGGUGAGUCUCUUUUGUACCAUCCCUUUUUGAUUUCUUUAACCCUCCCCCUGUCGAAACCCCCACUAUUUUCAACGGCCAUACAUACAAAAUAAAAAGAAAAGAAAAAGUAAUGAAGGACAGGAUAUUAUAUUUGGUCCCUUUUGUGUGACUGGCUUGGCCCUGUCGGAGGAACAUAUCACAUUUUGGCCCUACAGACUUGAAACACCAGCAGGACACUGACCCUGGCUCAAGUUACCCAAACACUUCCACAACUUGGCCUA